AUGGAUCCCACCAAAGAUCCCGUAUCCGCUCACGUGGAAAGCGUUGUUCUACCUCAGCACGGAGAUACUGAUGCGAUUGGCGGCGUGGAACUGAUAUCAAACAACAAUGUCGUCUUACUCCCGAUCCCUUCCAAGGAUCCUCGCGACCCCCUCAACCUACCUGCUUGGCGUCGUAUAGUCAUUAUGCUCACCACAUCUAUCUGGAAAUACCCUGUCAUCCUCUUCUUUCCUAAAAUGUUCGCUGCAGUUGGAACUCUAUCUUUGACCGUCGUCUCUGGAGUUGGAGCUGUUAUUGGCUUUUUUUCACCGCAAUAUGUGGCAGAGGGGAGAUCAACUGCAGAGAUCACAUAUUUGUUCACAAUUCCUGCCUUGGCGAUGGGAAUUGCCAAUUUCUUCUCUAUGCCAUUAGCACUGGCUAUUGGCCGCAGACCCGUCUUCCUAUUCUCAGCGGCGUUGGUUUCACUGAUGUCUCUGCUGUGCGCGCUCAAUCAAGGUUAUACUUGGCACCUAGUGGCACGUAUCUUCUUAGGACUCGCGGCGGGUCAGUCAGAAGCUUUGACACCGAUGAUGAUCCAGGAAACCCAUUUUCUUCACGAGCGUGGAAAGAUUUUAACCUGGCAAUGGGCUAUUCAAUCCACACUCUCGGGUCUCUUAUCUACCAUUUCUUCAUAUCAGACUGCCGUUCUUGGUUUAAGAUGGUGGUAUGGAUUUUAUGCCAUCACGUCAUUCGUGGUCUUCUUGGUUGGUAUCGUUGCAGUUCCAGAAACCAAGUAUAACCGCCCCUUGGCAGCGUACAAGGGCGAUAUUGCGACAAUUGAGAAUAUGGUGAAAGCAGGAGACUCGGAACUAGCAGCAAAUCCAAAGACUGAAGCAGACGUGACGCGGGUUACUACACAGAGUGGUCCAAUCAUCGACACGGUCAACUAUCGAGGGCGCACCUUCUGGUCUGAUAUUAAGUUGAUGACAGGAAAGCCAGAGUGGAGAAGGCUGGUGGUGUGUUAUAAGCAUAUGCUUCAGCUUCUUUGCUUCCCUAAUGUCUUAUGGGUUGUGCUCAUGAACGGUGUCCUACUGGGUAUUAACGUUUCUAUCGGCACAACGUAUGGUAAUAUCCUUCUGGACGAGUACCAUUGGCUAAGCAGCUCAGUUGGAUUCGCUCAGGGUGGACAAAUUGUUAUCGCAUUUGUCUGCCUUCCUGUCCUCGGCUUCUACAGUGACUGGAAUGUUAAAUGGAUGUCACGCAGGAACGGUGGUAUCCACGAACCUGAGUUUCGUUUGGUUCCUCUGAUCCUCCCAAUGAUAACUGGCAUUAUCGCCUGUGUUGUGUUCGGUCAAGGUGGAUCUUAUCCAGAACGUUUCCAUUGGUUCUCUAUUGUCUUUGGAUACUGUGCGCAGUACUUCUCUUUCGUGGGUGCUAGUAUUGCUGGGCAAGCCUACCUCUUAGAUGCUUACCCAUCGGCCCAGGGAGCUGUACUUGUCCUUGUGUGCGCUAUGCGCGGCGUGAUUCAGUUCGGCCUUAGCUACGGCAUUUCUGAGUUCCAGGCAGCUGCAGGGUAUGCAGUUGUAUUUGGUACCUACGGAGGAUUGACUGCGCUCUUUGGUCUUCUUGGAAUUGUUAUCUUCUUCACAGGAAAAAGGAUCAGACAAUUUACAGCAAGGUGGAAACUGGACGAUGAUAAAGAGGAUCCGGAGCAUCUGGGUGAAGGGUACCGCACGGCAGGCCUCGGGGGUGAUCACAUCCACUUCCCAUAA